AUGCCAAAUCCAUUAUGCGUGGCUCUGAUUCGACAAGCUGGCUUUUGUUUCUUCGAUCAAGAGUCCCAUCCCGCCGUUUCCAUCACACCCAGACGUGCCAGACCGGCAACGACCGGCUGGAAGGGUGUAAGGGACCACGGAACGCUCCACUGGGCAAAGCGAAUAAGCAUCGCUCGGACAAAGUCUGUUUUCUUCAUUGUUGCUUUGAUGACUCGCGAAGGGUUGUUCGCUACCCGCCGAAAGCGAACGGACAUUCACCCGUGCUCGCCCAAGGUUUACCCCUCCGUCGUGGAUGAGAAACAGGAGCAACUCAACUCAACGGCACGAACGGGCAGAAACAAAGUCAACGUUCCAUCGGUCGAUGUCGCUCGAUGGCAGAAGAACAGCGUCGGUCCUAUCACGGUGAUGAAGUUACGAUCAUCACGCUUUAAUGCUGCCCGCAAUGUGAAGUCACACUUGGGCAGAGAUCCCAUUCGAGGACGCCUGUGA